AUGGCGUUUCUACAGGCUGUCGCGGCGGUGCUUGCCCUGAGCUCGGUGGCAAGUUGCCGCCCUAUCGCGGCAGGCAAUGACACAGUUCAUCACUUGUCUACUGUGGGCUAUGGCGAUCUGGUCUUCACCUUGGGCGAUGUUCCGUACCUGUCACUCACCACCACUCCAUCAGCUCAGGCUUCGGGGAUGGAAGGUUCCGGGAUGCUCCCAUUCACGGUUGUCAAGACCGAGGAGUGUUUGAUAUCGGCAGAGACAUUUCAGGAUCUUGUUGGCAAGUAUCUCGACGGAGACGAUGUGAUCUCCGAAGCCUUCCUGCAAGGCAUCUACCUCUCUACAACCUGCACCACGGGAGCCAGUGUCGAUGAUUCGGCAGUCGCAUCCCUCUCAUCCAUGGGCGCCAAGAUAACUAUCGCUGGCCCAGGAUGCUCCGGAGGUCCCCUAGAUGUUGUUGAAGGCCUAGAUACACUUGAGCCAGGCCCGUAUAUUGCAAGCAUCGCCGAGGGCACCAUCACAUUUUCCAAGGUAUACCGUUUGUACGAAGAUCGGUACCGCACAUUCGUCUUCGGCGCCUACCCUGAUUCCAGUUCGGAGGAUGCAUACAAACCAUUCCCGGUCAACGUAGCUCAGUAUCAGGAUCCGCUCAUCCCGGUGCCUUCAAGGAUCUACAGUUGGUCAGACCCGCGGCCUUUUGCCGGCUUGAGAGUCUCAAUCAAGGAUCUGUACGAUAUUAAAGGUCUACAAACCGCUGGCGGCAGCCGAGCAUGGGCAUCUAUCACGCCCAUUGCGGACGAGACAGCACCCUCUAUUCAACGUAUUGUCGAGCUCGGCGGCCAACUUGUCGGCAAGCAGAAGACUGCUCAGUUCGCAUCAGGCGCCGAUCCUUGGGACUGGUACGACGUUCAGUACCCGUUCAACCCUCGAGGUGACGAAUGGCUUACCUGUUCGGCAUCUUCUUCCGGCGGAGGCUGCUCCAUCGCUGCGUACGACUGGCUAGACCAUGCUAUCGGCUCCGAUACUGGUUCCUCAGUGAGAAGGCCGGCAUCGGUGUCGGGCACGUACGGCAACCGUCCCAGCCAAGGCAUGAUCUCUCUGGAAGGUGUACAGCCACUAGGUGCCGCCCAAGACACCGCAGGUGUGUUCGCUCGUGACCCGUACAAGUUCGCAUAUUUCGCCCAACAUUGGUAUACGGCCGAGCUACAUCAAGACACUUCUGUCAACGGCCUGGAGCCGCUGAGCCUCGAAGCAGACCCACCCCUCCCCAGCACCGUCAUCUACACUCCUGAGUAUCUCCCUGCCCGCAACCCGGCAGCCGAUGCCCUGGUCCAGCAAUUCUACGCCAACCUCACCACCCUCCUCGGCCUCACCCAGCUCGACCAGAACCUCACACAAAUCAUCCUCGACAGUGACGAGCCAGCCGUCCUCAACAGCUCCUUGCGCAACAACGCCUCCUCGCUCCUCAACCAAUACACACAAUGGGUUGGGGUCGGCAGGCCCCUCGUCGACACCUGGGCACAGCUCUACGACGGCCGCUUCCCGCCCGUCGACCCCGCCCGCCGCCCAGGCUGGAUCAGGCGCACCCAGGACAACACCACCGAGGCGAUGUACGAUGAGGCCCUCGGCGUGAAGCGCGCCUUCAGCGAGUGGUUCAACGACGACUUCCUGGGUCUGCAGCAGCAGUCUGACAGCGCAACAGACAAGUGCGGCGACUCGGCGCUCUGGAUCUACGACAUCGGCACGGGCGGCCUCCCCAGCUACCGCGAGGAGGAUCUGCUCGCCAACAACGAGUUCGCCACCUACCUGAACUACACGCCGCCCGACACGCUGACCAACGGCGUGAGUUUCUGCUCGUUCGCCGGCUGCGCCGACUUCACGGUGCCGAUCGGCCAGGUGCCGUACUUUAGCAACGUCACGCUGGUCGAGGAGAUGGUGCCCGUGACGCUGAGUCUGGUAAUGCGGAGGGGCUGUGAUUUUAGCUUGUUCAACUUGAUCAAGAAGAUGGCGGAUGUGGGCAUGUUGAAGGCGGUGAAGACGGGGAGGACGGCCUUUUGA